CGCCAGUGUGAGCGGGAGCGGGAGCGAGGGCGGCGCGACUUCCCGCCCAGGCCAGCGCCGCACGUCCAGCAAGGUCUCGGAUCACAUUCUGAGCAGGCGUGCGCCCCCCACCCCAUUGCCCCACAUCAGCGAGGACCGGAACCCGUUCACUGCGGCUGCGGAGGCUGAGCUUCAGAGGGAGAAGCCAAAACACCAUCACAGCUUCUUGCUCUCCAGACACCACGAGAACGAGGAAGAGGACAUGAUCUCUCUUGAAGGCCCACAGACGGACGUCCUUGUGCCGAAGUCACAGCACGAGCCAGGGCGCGUUGGGAGCUCGCUCAGCUUGCCUCACUCGCAGCGCUCGAGUUACGGGAACUUUGAUGUCGACUUUGACGGGGAUCACCACCCAGAUGACAUCGUCGAGCACCUGGACGUCAUUGACCCGCAAAUCGCUACCGUGGCUACCUUGACAAAUGCAGCGAAUGCUAUCGUGAUACCCCCACUGGAUUGGUACUCCCGCAAGCCCGUUGUCGUGCUCCCCAGACGGCGGCGGAAGAAGGUUGCGAAAGAUCGACAAUCCGCUGCCGAGAAGGGCCAAGCAGGAGACAAGGAGAACUCAGAUGACGAGGACGAGGACAACCUCGACAUGCACAUAGAAGACGUGCUGCGGAAAAGAGACCGUGCACGGAGGGUGAUGCAAGGCGUUUGGUCGUUCGUGAAAACUCCCCUUGGUGUCGUCACAGCGAUAUACGGCUUUCUCGUCGUCUUCUGGGGAACCGGGCUCGUCUUCUUCCUCGCGCGCUUCAUCAACGUGCACAACUCGGACCGGCAGGGCUUCUGGGUCGAGGUCUGCCAGCAGAUCGAGACGAGCCUGUUCUCGAUCACGAGUAUCGGGCUGAUGCCUUUCCGGACCGUGGACACUUACCGGGUGUUCAAGAUUUGGUGGUACAAGCGGAAGACGGAGAAACUCCGAUGUGCCGCCGGCCUUCCGGAGCUCUACGACCCUAAUGACUUGCCUGACCCGCAUUAUGAUGCGAAUUUUGUACCGGUCUUGACGGAGGAGGAGCAGGUCGAUCUGCACUAUCAGCAACAUAAAUUCAUGCUGAGCCAGACGUGGUAUCGACCACAUGGGACGCAAACACAUAGGGCGUUCCCGAUUGAUACGGCCGUCUGGAUUUGUGUCCUGAACGAUCUCAACUCCAUUUUCCAGUGUCUCCUCAGUGGGGUCAUGUGGGGGCUCAACCGCUUCAACCGCCCAGCGUGGACAGACGGCACAACCCUCCCGGCCGCAUUCGUCGCAGGGAUCGCCGCCGGCGUGCUCAUCUGGUGGGGCAGCAAGAAGACCAAGCGCGUCAAAGAAGUGACCGACCGCCUCCGGAUGAUCCUCGCCCUCGAGCCCUCCGCCGCCUCCGGCUCCGCGGGCGCCGUCGUCCUCAGCGAGAAGCCGCAGCGCCCGUCCCCGCAGACGAGGGCCGCCGGAGACGGCUCGCGCGUGUCCCCCGCGCGCGCGUCCUCGCACGACCCGGAUACGAAGCCGCAGCGGAAGGACUACGCGGAGGCGGAGGUGGGGAGCGUCGAGAAUACCCCGACGAUGGAGGGCCGUGUGCCCCCGACGCCCUCGGUGACGAUCGCGGACGAGAUGUUCGUGCCGCCUGCGGAGCAGUUGGAUGAGAGGCGUUGAGGGAUGAUGUGUGGGCGCGAUCUUGGCUUGAACGUUGAUACUGGCAUCCGCUAUACACGAGCAACACGCGAAUGGACUCACUCACACUACGUACGAUAGACGAUAGAUACCACUGCACUCACUAGUACCAGUAUCCUUUGUAAUGCCGCCAACUGUUGUAGCCACUAUCCUUUAUGCUGUAAACACCCUCAUGACGCAUUUACGACAGACUCUUGAAUCAUAACCGUGUACGC